AACAAAUUUAAAUUUGAAAAUGGCGGGAGUGCAAAAAGUGUCUCUGAAUAGUUUAAAUUUAAAUAUAAAAAACGCUCUCAUCGUUGGUAUUAUUAUAGCGAAAAAUAGCCCUAGGCCAAUAGGAUCAAAAAAGAAAAAUGGAGAGACGAGAGGAGUAAUGUCUUUCACGAUAAGAGAUUCUGAUAUCGAUGUUAUAAAUGUGGAUGUCUGGGGUUCGGAGUAUUUUGUACUUACAUUCUAUGAAAGAUUUCUCGUCGGUGAUGUUGUGGAAAUUACUUCACCUAAAAUAUGCAUAAAGGGUGGAGAAAAUGAAAAUUACAGACCACAGGUCUCCUCGCCUUUUUAUAUAUCUCUGAACGAAGGUAUGUCGGACGUCAGUAUUUUCGGUGGUGAUGCCUUCAGCAUGUACUUACCUUUGUUGCACAUACCGACAAAACCUUGCGCAGGUUACUGUGGACUUUCUGAAGUGCUGAAGUUCUCAGAGCAUACAAACAAUAUGUACGUUGAUUUACUGGUUGUGGUGAAAUGUGUAAACCCCGCUAAAACAAUUAUUACAAAAACAGGAACAAGUAUGUCAGUUAGGGCAGUGGAAAUGAUUGACAGCACAACACCAGCUUGCCUUACUUUAGACAUUUUUGAUAUUGAUACUAUACAAAGAGCGGAAGAAUGGCGUCCGCUAGAGAGCGUGCUAUUCAUCGCGGACGCUCGGGUGUCGUGGCGCGGGCGCGGCGUGCGAGCACAAGUCUGCUCCAAGACCAUCAUCACGCAUCAACCGCAUACGCCUGAAGCGGAGGUUCUGAGGGUCCAUGUGGGCAACCAGGCCACUACAAGAACAGGCGAGGUCGCCACAUGGGCGAUGUGGGCGGGAGAGCGCGCGAACGCCGCGUCCGUGACGCAAGUGCGGGAGCGGCUAGCGUCCGGCACGCCGUUCUGCGCCGCGCUGCACGCCGUCCUCGCGCAUAUAGACCUCGACGAGCUGACUACACUGUCGAACUCUGAAGAGCUACGUGUAAGAUUUGCUGACCACACUGGAGAGCUGAGCGCUCGUCUUCCGGUCAAUUUACUCGAGGAAGUUUUUGGAUAUUCCGUUGACCAACUAAAGAAAAUGACAUCGGACGAACGUCUGGCGAUACGUUGGCGUUUGCUUCUAGAACAGUGCAGCGCCAAAUUAGCCGUGGUGUCCUCACACCUUACUGUACUGACUCUGAGGCGCGCCACUCCAGCUGAUCCUAUACCUUUAUACUAGAAUUAAUUUUCUUUAUUUUAUGAUUUAUCUUUAUUUUAAGAAACUGAUUAAGUAGCUAGUUCUCUGCUUUAAUUUUUUGCAAGCA